AUGGCUGCAAUGCAACAGCAGAUGCUGGUGCAAGGCCAGCAGCUGCAGGAGCUACGGGAAGCUCAGGCCGCCAGUUCAAGUGUGGCCCAGGCACCAGUGAGCCCACCGGCCCAGGUUGCUGCUACAGCGCCGGGUCAGGGAGGUGUCUUUGGGCUGCUCCCCUUGGUGGACACAAGAGGGCUCGGAAAGCCUGAGGUGUUUAAAGGAGAUCCAGCAACCUUCAACGACUGGGUCUUCAUCCUUCGGAGCUACAUGGGGGCGAUGGACAGGAGGUACCAAGCCUUACUCCAGAAGGCCGAGUCGUCGGAAAUCCAACUUUGGAACCGACUUCUCACUGAGGAGGAGCAAGGGCUGUCGACUCAGCUCUACUACGUCCUGGUGAUGCUCUGCAGGGGACGUGCGCUGGACAAGCUGCACAACUGUGGGGACAAUGAAGGUGUCGAGGCCUAUCGGCAGCUCUACCUGGAGUACAACCCGAAGCUCAACUCCAGAUAUGUGGGUCUGCUCCUGGAGAUCCUGCGCUACAAGUUCGAAGGGGAUUUGGUCAGUUGCAUCGAGUCCUUUGAGCGCAAGGUGAGGGAGUACGAGAAGCAGUCUGGGAAGGACGUGGACGACGAAACCGUCAUCGGGAUUGUCAUUCUGGGAGUGGAAGACCAGACGGUCAAGGAGCACCUCAUUAGGCACUCAUCCAGGCUUGACACCUGGAAGAAGAUGAGAGCGGAGAUCAUGGAGAUUGCCCGCACGCAGAAGUACUUGCAAAGCACGCCUCAACCGAUGGACGUAGGAGGCCUACCAAAGAAGCCGCAUAAGGGUUCCCCGAAGGGCGCCAAGGGUGAUGGAAAAGGCGACAAGGGCAAGAGCACCGGCAAGGACGCUGGCGGAAAGAAGGAUGGAGACAAAGGAGGCAAGGGCGACAAGAAGAAGGGCCCGUGCUUCUACUGUCAGAAACCCGGCCACACAAAGGCCGAGUGCAGGAAGCGAGCCGCGGACUUGAAAAAGGCCGAGAACAAAGGUAGGACGGCUGCAGCAGCCCCGGAAACCCAAGAGGAGCCCGAAAGUGAAGGCCUAGCAGCCUCAACCUUGAUCCUUGUAGACACGGGGGCUGGGGGUGGUUUGGCUCCGGUUGGCUUUGACAACAAGGCCGUUGAGGUUGCAGGUGACAGGGUCCGCAUGAACACGGUCACGGGAGAAGCCUUGGAAUUGGGUAAGUGCAAGACUUCGUCGCUCAAGCAUGGGGAUGUGCCAGUUGAGUUUAACUACAGGGAAAGCAACAGCGUCCAGUUUCCUGUUAUCUCCAUGUCAGAAGCCAGUCAAAAGGGAACCUGGUUGGUGGUAGGGCCCUCGCACCAAUUCCUCGUAGGUCGCUGUGGUGGUGAGCAACUCAAGAAAGCUUUGAAGGAAGUCCCAAAAGUUCCUUUAGUGAAGGAUAAAGGUGUCUACUGGUUGGAAGCGACUAUGGGUAAGCCCCAGAACCCUGAAAGGCAUAGGAUCGCAGCUCCAACAGCUCGGGAAGCCAGACCGGAGGUAGCGGAUAGCGCCCCGGGAGUGGAGGUAGCUGACAGCGCCCCACCUGCCCAGGUGGAUGCGAGGCCUCUUGGCGACGCUCCCCUGGAAGAGCCGCCUGAACCUGAAGGAGAGGCCGGGCGUAAGGCUAAGCACAAGAAGGUACCCCCGAGUGUCAGUGCUGAGAUGCGUGCUGAACACGAGUUAACACACCUUCCAUUUCGGAGUUGGUGUGAGUCUUGCGUGGUGGGGAAGGGCACCGAAGACUUCCAUCAAAGGCGCCAAGAAGAAAAGAAAGAGGACGUAGCAAGGUACUGUAUCGACUACUGCUUCUUCACGAAAGCCUUGUCCCAGGAAGCAGCUUCCACUGACGCCAAGGACAUCCUCGAGGCCAAAGCUGGUGCCAAGGCCGUUUUGGUUUGCAGGGACCAAAAGUCAGGGGCUCUGUUUACGGGUGUAGCUAACAGCAAGGGCACCGGGGAUCCGUAUUCCAUGGCUUUUGCGCUAGAAGGGAUGAAGUUCUGUGGAGACCACAAGGCCAACGGUGCAGCUGAGCGAGCUGUGCUGGAACUUAGCAUGACGGUCGUACAGCCUACGAGAGGCAAAAGUUUGAGCAACGAUGAGCACUUCGUGGCAACAGCCAACGGCAUCCAGAGGUGUCGCUCGGUUCGUAGGCGAGUUGAGGCCAAGCGCUUUGACCCCACGUUUGUUCUGAGGUUUGAAAAGCUGUGCAGGGCACCUGUGGUUGCGGAAACAGCGCCCGGGGACGACACAGUUGAGCCAUCAAGCAAUGGAGGGGAUGAUCCGAUGGGUGCCGGCCCUGGCCCCUCGGAUAAGCAGGCAAGUUCAGAGGCCGCGGGUAGUCGCGCCUCUGGGUCUGGCUCGGUGGCUGCCGGUUCUGGCGCCCCGAGUGAAAGAAAGCGAGGUGGGUUGGACCUUAGCGACAGCCCCCUCAAGGAGGCCAGGACCUCGGAACCUGCUCGGGCCUCAGACAGCCCAAGGUCCCCUAGCAGAAAGCGUGAAGCGGAAGGCAAAACGGAGGAGGUUGAAGAAGAAAUGGUGGCAGGAUUGCCAACAAUGCACGUGGCGGCCAUGGUGAUCAGUGACAGAAUGAUCGCAUCAGCAGCGAAGGAGCUCGAGAAACCGGUCUACGAUGAGAAGACUGGAAAGUUGCUGGACCCCGAGAAGGUGAAGAUCGGGAGGAUGAAAGAGAUGACCAAGAUGGAGUCCUUUGGAGUCAAAGGCGACAUCACAUAUGAUGAAGCCAAGGCGAAGGGGCUCAGACUGGUGAAAUCCAGGUGGAUCGACACCGAGAAGGAGAUCGAAGGGAAGCCUGGAGUCAGGAGUCGCUUGGUCGCUCAGGAAGUGAACACUUACAAGCGAGAAGAUGUAUCGAUGGGAACGCCUCCCAUUCGAGUGCAUCGAGCUGUGAUUUCGCACGCAGCCACAGCGAGGCCCGGUGAGAGCAAGAGCAAGAAGCUGAUCGGAAGAUAUGAUGUGAGCGUGGCCUUCUUCCACGCCGACAACAGCGAAAAGAUUGGGGUAAUACCCCCGGCGUCAGAAGGAACUCCCAACAUCAUCUGGGAGUUGCACAAGGCGAUGAACGGAACCCGGGAAGCCUCUAGGCAAUGGGGAGUGAAGAUCCGUGAGGUGAAAACAAGACACAAUUUCGACGAGCUGCUGUUGUGCCCCAACACCUACUACUUGAAAGAGCAUGAUCUAUGCUUGUCGUGCCACGGUGACGAUUUCCUGGCGAGUGGAGAAAGAGAAGCUCUCGACAUGCUGGACAAGAUCAUGGAGGAGAACUACGAGGUGAAAGUGCUACCGAGAAUCGGUGACCCAGCUCAUGGAGGGGAAGUCUCAGAAGGACGCCAUCUUGGGCGCCUGAUCAAGUGGACAGGCUCAGGAUUUACCUGGGAAUGCGACCCCAAGUUUGCCCCACAAGUCAUCGAGGAACUCGAGCUAAAAGGGUGCAAAGGAGUUGACACUCCUGCUUCGAAGGCCACAGGCGUGGGAAACAGAGAAGUGGAGAAGGAGCUCAGCCGUGAGAGGGCCGAGGUCUUCAGACGAGUGACUGGCACCAUCCUUUACAUGGCAGUCGACCGUCCCUCGUUGCAGUACGCAGCAAGUGAACUGGCUGAAGGGAUGAGCAAGCCCUUGGAGAUUCAUUGGCUAAGGCUGAAGCGCGUCGGAAAGUACAUUGCCAAGUACCCCGUCGAGAAAUGGCACUUCGAAUUGCAAGAAGCACCUGCGCAGCUAGAGUCCUUUUCAGACUCAGACUGGGCAACAGAUCGCAGAACCAGAAGGUCUAUGAGUUCCACGUAUCAGAGGUUUGGGAAGCACCUCCUAGACACGAGCUGUGGUCGACAAAGUCUCGUGGCCCUAUCGUCGGGCGAGGCCGAGUUCUAUGCCAUGGUCAAGACAGCAGCAGAAGGAAAGCUUACAACAGAGAUCCUCCGACACUUUGGUUGGAAGGUCGAGCACCGAGUGCUGAGCGAUAGCUCGGCCGCCAGGUCGAUGGCACAGAGGGUAGGGUGUGGAAAAGUCAAGCACUUAUCCCUGAAGGAGAUGUGGAUACAGCAAGCAGUUCGAAACAAAGAACUUUCCAUAGGCAAAGUGGAUACGCUCAUGAACAUCUCGGAUCUUGGCACGAAGGCUUUAGAAGCAGCCAGAAUGGACUCGCUGAUGAAGCAGCUGCCCUUGGAAAGGGGCAUCGUGGCAGCUGUGGUCAGCUGCUGUUUGGAGAAAGUCCAAGCAGCUCCAGUUCAGAGUGAAGAGGUCUGGUGGUUGAACCUUUACUUAGGGUUGGUUCACCUGUUGGCCUUGGUUGGGUUGCUGUUUGCCAGCUACAAGGGAGUUGAAGUGCUUUUGAAAGGUUGGCGCUGGUUGUGUGGAAGGGGCAAUAGGCCCAGUGUAGCGCAGUCCAGUGCAGCCAUGGCACUCAGUCGUCGUGACACUCCUCGUGGCAGCGGUGCUGAGGAGGCUCAACACAGUGCAGAGGUUCCUACAACACGGAUGCCAUCUGUCCCCGAGGGAACCUCCGUGCUGAGAUCCCCUGCUGGACAGAGUGACAGUGACAGGAUGAGUUUCCGUGGUGACGCCAGAACUGGUGUCGACGAUCGAGUCAGAGUGGUGAGAGAUACCUUGAGCCUGCUCACGGUGGAAGAACUCAAGAGUGGCCUACGAGUGGAAGGGCUCCAGGUGACAGGGUUGAAGCAAGACCUGAUGGAGCGACUUCUGCACAAGUUCGAUGGUGGAGAUGAAUCGCUGUCGGACCGGCCAAGCACCAAGCAGCUGAGGUAUGUGCUCUACAUCCAUCGUCAUCGAGCCCAAUGCCGAAUUCAGUAUGAGAAUCUUCGGACUCGUGAAGAGACUUCGAAGUGGAUCGCCAACUGGAAGGUCUGA